GUGUGGAUGUACUUCACAAAAGUGGAGGCAGAUGCAAGCAAGGCACAGUGCAAAGAAUGCAGCAAAAUGUUGUCACUAGGCAGCGAUAAACCAAAACUGCAAACAGUUUCAGGCUUGAAAACCCAUCUGGCCAGCUGCCACAAGGAGCUACAUGGUAUGUACUUAAAGAGAGCCAUGGAUGACGAUGCAGAGCGUCUCGCGAAAAAGAUGAAGGUAAAAGAGAAAGCGACGAAACAUUCAUUACCAAAUUUUGUCCAGACGUCAUUGACGUCAAUGACCGAUUUCAAAAUGGUCUGGCCAGAAGACCACGUUGCUGUUCAGAGAAUUGAUAAGUGCACCAUGGACUUGAUUAUUGUUGAUAUGUUGCCCUAUUCUAUUGUUGAAGGAGACGGAUUCAAAAGAUUGAACAUUGAUGAUCCACUGAGCACUCAUCGCUAUAAAGUCAAAAGCGAGAAGUAUUACAGGACAACACUGAUGCCUGCCACAUAUGGCAAAGUCUUGAAACACGUCAUAAAUCUACUAAAAGAGGCUGCAUGGAUUUCAUUUACAACAGAUGGAUGGAGCAAUCCAACAAAAUCAUGUUCAUUGCUGAGCUUCACGGCUCAUUUCAUUCACGCAGCUGUGCGGCGUAAAGUUAUCUUGAGUGCGAUGGUGCUGGAACAAGACCAUGAUGGACAUUAUCUUGCUUCAAAACUUCGGGAAGCCAUUGCGAAAUGGGGGAUAGCAGAGAAGAUUCACGUUGGAGUGAGAGACAAUGCCGCUAACAUGAAAUGUGCAAUGAAGCUUGCAGGUGUCGCUGAUAUUGGCUGCGUGUCCCAUACCUUACAGUUGGUUCUGCAUGAUGCGCUGUUUACGCAAACAUCAGUGGAAGCUGUCAUUAAAAAAGCCCGUAAGAUUGUGACUCACUUCAAACAUAGUGAACAGGCUUGCCGUCAUCUCACUGAACACCAACGAACGAUGAAUAUUCCAGCACACUCUUUACUGCAGGAUGUUGAGACAAGAUGGAAUAGCACUUAUCUUAUGCUGGAACGUCUGCAAGAACAGAGCAAGGCAAUUCAUCUGUUUAGUGUGGAGCGAGGCGGGAUUGACAGUCUCUCAAACGCAGAGUGGGAAUUGGCUGGAAAAAUUGUCAAACUUCUGAAACCAUUCUACACUGCAACGCUGGAGAUUUGUGCUGAUGAUGCAUGUAUUUCAUUGGUCAUCCCGCUUGUCGCAAAUCUGAAUAGCAUACUGAAAACAAUAUCAGCAGAUCAGGGCCUGAAGCAGAUGAAAGCUGCACUGCGUGAUGCAAUGUGUCGUAGAUUCUCUGAUAUCAAUUCCUCAGCACCAUACCUUGCUGCAACGCUGAUUGAUCCACGCUUCAAAGAUUCUUACUGCAAUGUGCAAGAGAAAAUGGCGGCAACUAAAGCAGUUCUGGAUUUUCUACGUUUGGUUGAAGAAUCUGCUACGAGCAAUCUCAAUGUGCCAGCUACAACUUUGUCAACUGACAGUGUUGACUCCGAUCCUGCGAACAGCAAAAUAUCUCAUCUCGAUGAUGAUGUGGAUCUGUGGGCUGCUCAUGAUAGCCUGUCUGCUACUGUCGAUCCACCAGAAACUGCCAACAUCAAAACCCAUGUUGUGCCUCUGUAUGAGCAACAGCUUAAUAGUUACCUCAAGGAGCCGCGAAUGCCCCUGACCACGGAUAUAUAUGCAUAUUGGCAUUGUAGUCAAUACCCACUUCUGGAAGCUGCUGCACGCAAGUACUUGUCUGCGCUGCCCACCAGCGUGGCAAGUGAGCAGUUGUUUAGUGCAGCAGGACAGCUGUAUGACGACCGACGUUCGAACCUACUGGGUGAUAAUGCGGAGAAACUUUUGUUCCCGAACUACAACAUUCGUUUGUUUGACUUUAAUUACUAA